ACACAAAAAAGUUUAACAUAUAAUAAAGAAAUAGUUUUAUUUAUACAGUAAUUAUUAAAAUUAGGUUUUGCAAAGAUUAGUUUUGUAACGUAACUAAACGCCAGUUUGCUACCCUGUCUUACGAAAAUUAUUUUUUAUUAAUGUUAAUUUUUGCUCGUAAAAGUGCUAGUUUUAUUUUUUUUAAAUAUAGUUUUGGCAGGAAAUACUUUACCUUUCUUUGAAGUAGCGCUAGCAUUGGGAUUUGGUUGCCACUAAUAUAUAGCUACACCUCCCGUACCAGCUGGGAAACUAAGGACGCUGUGUCAACAAACACACAACGUUUUAUAAAGAUCGGACGUUUAAACAAAACUGCAGGCGGUUAUAAACGCAACAACUGCAAUACAAGGAACGUAUAUACAUAAGUUCGUAAAAUGAUCCGCGCCACCACUGGGGGGCCCUCUCGAGCCCGGAGGACAAAACUUUCACCAAUCCGACCGUCCAGCGCCAGCGGAAAGCUACAAUCUCAUUCCUAUAAUGAUAUUUUAAAUCAACCAAUAGGAGCAGGGGUACGAACCCCGCCCAUUUCUACAAUCCAAUCAAAAGCCUCAGAUUCUUCAACUAAGAAAAGGAGUCAUUUAGAUCGAAGGUUAACACUUUCCACAUUUGAUGGGAUCGGGGAAAAUGCUGAAGCUCUUACAAGGCUUAACACACCAGCUAGUUCUAUGGACAAGAUAAAGAUUGAAGAGCACAUCACAUUGGAGCAGUUGCACCAGAUUAAAACUGCGUUUGAGGAAGCCGAUACAGACGGAAGUGGAACCCUAGAUGUCGAUGAAUUUAAAACUGUCGUCAAAAACUCACUUGGUGUAAAAGGCAGGAAUGAGGAACAAAUCAACUCCCUCUUUAUGAAGAUUGAUUCGUCAUCAGAUGGGGAAAUAGACUGGGAUGAGUUCUGCACGUACAUGCAACUUGAGUAUUCAGAGAAAGAAGACGCAAUCCUCCGAUCCAAGAAGAUCUCCUUUAUCCUCCCCGCUUCUUCCCAAUCUUCCCCCCAUCAUAAGGCUCCCAUGUUGAGGACAUUGUGUCUGCAGGAUUCCUACCUUUGUGCAGGGCAAGAUGGCUUGUUAACGUUCUGGUCGACUGAUUUGAAGCUUAAGAGGUCGCGAUCGAUCCUCGAAAGUUCACCAACAGAACGGCAAUCGUUUAUCACCAAACCCAGGGUGUGGGUGACAGACGUUGCUGUAUUACCAAACAAUGGCAAGUUGUUGGUUGGAACUGGUGAGAGGGACCUUCAUUUUUAUGAAAUUAUGACGUUUGAGUUUUAUUGCCAAGUCAUCGGCCUUGAUGCUGUUCCUUUGCGAAUCAACUUCAGUCAAAUAAGUGAAGAAGAAGCUCUUAUUGUGUAUGGAGAUGACCAGGUAUUUCUCAUGCGUGCUGUCUAG